AUGGUGGGAGGAGUUUCUAGUGCGAGAGGUUCACGUGGGAAAGAAGGAGGUUCUAGUGGUAGGGGUGCUCCAUCAUCCUCAAACCCUACAUCAUCCACAGGAUCAGAUGGAGGGCUUGCUGCAUCUGUACGAGAUAUACAGCUGACUCAUUCACCUUCAUCUUCGGAAUCGGUUCCUACUGCGGCAUCAGAGGCUCCCACCACUGGACGUACUACACUCGUCAUACGACAUGGCCAAUUACAUCCCUUGGGGAUGGUUCCAGGCACAGUCACUAAGAUUUUCAAGCAAGUUCAAAAUCCAGAAGGUUUCAAUUGGAAACUCACUCCACCUGCUAUCAAGACAUCGCACUUUGAGGAAUUUAAGAAACAUUUCACAUGGGAUCCGGCGAUAAAGGCAGAUGUCUAUAAGCUUUAGUUAGAGAUUGCUGCGCGGAGGUAUAAAGAUUUUAUUUUCGACAUCAAGAAAAAGAAGAACAAGAGGUCUUAUUUUAUUCACGAGGAAGUCUGGCCUAAUUGGCUUAAGUAUUAGGACUCUGAUGAAUUCAAAGCCAAAUCAAAGAUAGCAAAAAAAUGUAUGAUGUCUGAGCCUUUAGAUCCUGGAACCGGUCAAGUAAAGCAUAAGGGAGGUUCGAGGUCUAUUCUUCAGUAUGCUGAAG